AUGGUGAAUCAAGAGAGCUUCCUGCGCCCGAGGAUCACCAAGGCAACCGACCAAAUAAAGAAGCAGUGCAAGGACAAUCGAGAGAAGGAGAUCACACAUGUCAUGUUCCAAAGCCUUAUCGGGAAGCCCCUCCACCAACUCAACCUCAUUGAUCUCAAUGAUCUGGAUUGGUUCAUUGAACAACGCCUUAGGGAAAUCCAGAAGAGGAUGGAAACACUUAGCCAGUCGCCUCAACCUCAAGAAGCAAUGGAUGGAGAAGUGAUGAAGUGUCCUGGGAAGAUGUAUGCUCAAAUUCCACCGCAAAAGUUGCAGUUGUUGCAGGUGUGGUUCGUUGAGGGGAUGAACCUGCAAGCAUAG